AUGUACGGUUUCGAAGCUCUCACCUUCAACAUCCACGGCGGUUACCUUGAGGCAAUCGUCCGUGGUCACCGUUCCGGUCUACUCACCACCUCCGAUUACAACAAUCUCUGCCAAUGCGAAACCCUUGAUGAUAUCAAGAUGCAUCUCUCCGCUACCGAGUACGGUCCUUAUCUCCAAAACGAACCUUCUCCGUUGCACACUACAACAAUUGUGGAGAAAUGUACUCUUAAGCUGGUUGAUGAUUACAAGCACAUGCUAUGCCAAGCUACAGAGCCCUUGUCGACCUUUUUAGAAUAUAUCACAUAUGGUCACAUGAUAGACAAUGUUGUUUUGAUUGUUACUGGCACCUUGCAUGAGAGAGAUGUCCAAGAACUUCUAGAAAAAUGCCACCCACUGGGCAUGUUUGACAGUAUUGCUACUCUGGCAGUUGCUCAGAAUAUGCGGGAGCUUUACAGGCUGGUUCUCGUUGACACUCCUCUGGCUCCAUACUUCUCUGAGUGCAUUACAUCAGAGGACUUGGAUGACAUGAACAUUGAAAUAAUGAGAAACACUCUUUACAAGGCAUACCUUGAAGAUUUUUACAGAUUUUGUCAGAAACUUGGUGGUGCUACCGCUGAAAUAAUGUCUGACCUUCUAGCUUUUGAGGCUGAUAGAAGGGCUGUGAAUAUUACCAUUAACAGCAUUGGUACUGAGCUUACCAGAGAUGACCGUAGGAAACUGUACUCUAACUUCGGUUUGUUCUACCCAUAUGGUCAUGAGGAACUUGCCGUCUGUGAGGAUAUUGAUCAGGUUCGUGCUGUUAUGGAAAAAUACCCUCCUUAUCAGUCUAUUUUUGCCAAGCUGUCAUAUGGAGAGAGCCAGAUGCUUGACAAGGCAUUCUAUGAGGAAGAGGUCAAGAGGCAUUGCUUAGCAUUUGAGCAACAGUUUCACUAUGCUGUGUUCUUUGCAUAUAUGAGGUUAAGGGAGCAGGAGAUCAGGAAUCUUAUGUGGAUUUCAGAAUGUGUGGCUCAGAAUCAGAAGUCCAGAGUUCAUGACAGUGUUGUCUUCAUAUUUUAG